AUGCGGCCGCCGAGCCACUCCCAGCUGUUUCGGCUCCGGAUCGAUCCCUGGGCCUGUGCCUGUGCCUGGCUGGCACUGGCCGCAGCCUCGCUGGCCUAUCCAAAUAGCCCGUCCGAGCAGCCGCUGGUCACCUAUGUGACCACCUCGACAACAUCCAGCCAGCGGAGCCAGUCCGCCCCCCUGCAGCCGGCCUUUGUAUAUGACUCGCCCCCACCCUCGGAGGAGCAGGGUCCCCAUCACACGCUGGCCACAGCCACAUACCCGAGCUCCCCCGUCCGACCGAUAGAGACUGAUGGCGACCAGGCAAAGAGAGUCAUCGGUUCCAGUUCAACCUCAUCGGUGUCCGUGGUCCUUGAUGGCAAUGAGCCGCAGUUCACGGACGCCCUAGGCCACAAGGUGCCGAAGCCUCAGCCCUCACUGCAAGUGGCCAGUCCCAUUGACCUGCUUAACCCGGACCGCUACGAGUUCUACACCUUCGACGAGCACGGCGAGCUGGUAAAGAGACUGAUGACCAUGCAGGAGAUCCAGAGCAUCGUGGCCAAUGGCGACGGCGAGGGGCCGUCCAUCAUCCACCCAGCUCCGCUGCCUGAGCACAAUCCCGAUAAGAAUGUUCAAGACAUUGUGGAAAGUGUACAGAGCGUACUUAACAAAGAGGUGGCCUCCAGCUCGGCAAAGAACAGCUCUGGUGAGCUGCUACCACCGCUGCUUGAUACACCCGAUGUCUCCUCCUCCUGGUCGCUUAUCCUGCCCGCCAUUUUCGGCAACACCGGAGGAGACAUUUUCCCGCAGCAGCGCCCACAGCAGAUCGUUAUGACUCCGGAGUCGGAGCUGGUUGAGACGUCGACCAGAGCGGCGCCGCCAACAACGCGAGCCACCAAGAAACCGAAACCCGCCAAGCGCAAGCCAGGCAACAAACGGAAGCCCGGCACCACCACCAGCACGACCCCGGUGACCCCCCAGGUGGUUCAAGAAGAGCUGGACCCCAUGGAGUCUGUGUACACGGGUAUGCAGCAAUACCAGCACGUGGCCGCCAAUGUGCCGGACUUUGAGCUGCUCCACAUGCAGCCCAUCUACCAGAAGCUGCCGAGUACUACGGCUCGACCAGAGACAACCACCCGACGCGUCUUCUACAACAACCAAGAGAUCAUCCAUACCCCAACCUCCUCCAGCAGCGCAACCUCCACGACAGAAAAGAUCGUCUCAAACCACCAGCUGGCCAAGAAACCGGCGAACGUCCAGCGGAAGCCGACACAGCCCCACCGGGUAAAGAAACCCAACGGCGAUGGUGCUACCGAAAACUCAUCCCAGCCUGCUGGAGGCAAGCAAAAGAUAAAGAAGAAGCCAUCUACGACGACAACUACGACCACAGCUGCACCAGAGACGGAAGUGCAGUCGUCCACUCAGGUGGCAGGGGAGGAUCCACCAGCAGAAGCCAGCAGCACCACUACUACGCAAGCACCACCCUCGACCACGCCCAAGAAGAAGAAGCGCAAGCCCACACGAACACCCGGCUCGGGAUCCACUUCUGUUAGUGGCAAGCCAUCAAAGCCGAAACGCAAGCCAACUACCAAGCCCAAGCCCCUGGUCCAGCAAGGUGAGCAGCAACAGCAGCAGGUCGAGAGCUCUCAAAGACCGUCCAGGCCCCAGAGACCCCACAAGAAGCCCAAGCCAACAUCGUCAGGCGCUACGACAACAACUACUCUUGCUCCCGAAACAAGCUCUGCCAGCACUCCCGAACCUGUGAGCAGUUCGACGGAGGCACCAGUGUCGCAGCCAGAGCCGGAGAGCCCAAGCGCCACCACUCCACAGGCGGAGCCUGAACCAUCUACUUCCGUGACAACAACAACCACUACAGAAGUUCCACUAGUUAGUACAACGGCAGCUCCUGUAAAAUCGACUGCGAAACCACCUGCACUGCACCACCAGAAGUUGCAUACAAAGCCGGCUGGGUCCACGAACCGUCCAUCCACCACCCAGCACCAUAAUCGUGUCCACGGCAAGCCAGUGCACAGCACCACUACAGAGUCGAGUAAGAACGCUGGAGAGGCCCAGACCGAAAGGUACGGACUAGUGAAUGUGAUUGCUGCCUCAAGUACCACCCAACAACCCAUGUAUCCGCUGCCCAGCUACAAUGCCGAAUCCUCUCAAAACUUGCCCACAGUGUUUGCCGACUCUACGGCGGACCAGUCACCGCUGAAGAAGACCCCGUUGCCGUCCCUAGCUCAGCUGCAGCAACAGCUGCACAUCAGCUCUCCAUCGCCGGCACCCCAGCUCUCACCCGCUCAAAUCCUUUCGAUGGACCAAAUUGUACAGUCACUCACACAAGACCUCUCCGCCGCCGACAAAGAGGACGAUGUUUCCGCCUCGGGUCCUGUUAAGUACGACAGUGCCGAGAAUAAGCAAGAAAUGGAAGCACUGGCGAACAAGAAAAAGAUUCCAGUCUCGGCUAGCUCCCCUCCCGCUGCAGCCACAACUACCGCCGCUCCCAGACCAACUUCUUCCUCUAAACCUACAAUUUUGACCAGUAAUAAGCCACCUUCGCCCCACUAUGGCGGCAGCACUCUGGCCACGAUGCUAUCCGAAGAGGACGAAGAUGCUACCAGUUCCACAGAGACCUCUGUAGCUCACAAGCUGCCUGCGGAGACCACGCAGAGCAGCCUUGAAGAUGAUGCUGAGGAACAAACACCCGUGGUAGUGAUCACAGCUAGGCCACAGUACUUUACGGUUACCAAACAACCGGAACCACUGAAGCCUCUCGAAACCUACCAGGACCCCAAGGAGCCUGAAACCACAGAGUUGCCUGGACAAACUCAGUUCUUAGUAACAACACCCAUGUUACCGCUCGAGGAAGUGGAUGCCACCACCGAUAAGCCCACAGAGGAGUCCGAUCACGCGGUAAUAGAGGAGCUUGACGAGCCCAGCCCCACCAGUGGCUAUAACCAACAGCCCCCUGAGCCAGAGACAGCGGGAGCCACCACGGAGCAGACGCUACGUCUGCCAGUCUCUGAAAGCACUACAUCCGCCGAUUUUGAUGAUGGCAGCACAGAAGUCACCCCCAUGAUCGCCGACUUGGUGCAGCAACUCAACCUUGAGGUGCUCAAGCCCACUGAUCAGAUUUCCAUGGCCAACUUCCAGACGCAGGCGGCCACUGUCGCUUCCACUCUAGUUGACGGAAGCAACACGCUAGUCUCGGACAUCGCCAUGAACUCUAACGAAACCAAGGAUGAGCUGGAGUUCCUUAUGUCCGACGUCAUCCAGCAGAUCACGCAGGGCGACCAGUACAGACCCCCCUCCAAGGUGCACCAAGUAGACGACUCCCACCGCCUGACCAACUUUGCCAACCUGAACGCCUCGUUCCUUCUGCAGCCAAAGCCGAAGCCGGACCAGACCAAAGUGCCAGAGGAGCCCCAAGACCCGUACAAGCUCGAGCCACCGACUGAGAACAGUCUGGCUGAGAAAAACGAUACAGUCGCAGUUCCCCUUGGACAGGAAGCGAUUCACCUACAACAAAUUGAAACUACUACUCACCAAAUUCCCAUCCUAUCAUUGUCGCAAAUCUACGCGCAGCAACAACAGGAUGAUGACGAGGAGCAGCAAGUGUUUGCCAACGAAAGACUUGAGGUGCAGCCAACUCAAGAGCCGACCAGGCCGGAAACCGCCCCUGCCCACGAAGCUCUAUCCACAGUGGCCGCAACAGACACCACCGAGGCAUACACCGCUGAGGUGGCCGCCACCACCGAGCAUCAGCCAGCGCAGGAACCCUACGAGGAGAGCACGGCCAGCACAGAGGUCUCCGACAGCGAGGAGUCAACGACCAGCUACAGCGAAAUCCCCGACAGCUACACGCAGCGCGAAAGUGAAGAGCAAAUGCCUGAGAUGUUGACAAAUGGUUACAACGAGCAGGAGCAGGCGGAGUCCGGCACUAGCCAAGAAGCAGACACCGAGUCUAUCUACAGCACGGUGAAGUCUCUGCCGGAAGAGCUAGAGACGACCACGCAGCAGCCGGCGGCGAAAAAGGCGACGACGGCGACUAAUGUUUACCAGGACGCACAGGAAGAGGAGCAAACGUCAACAACGGAACAGCCGGAUAAGCCCGAGCAGCCAGACCAGCAGGACCAGGUAGCGCAGACCAGCAGCGUGGAGGAAAGCGCCACCAACUCCGCCCAACUCCCGCCGCAGUAUCAGGCGCCGGCCAGCGAGGAGGAGCGGGAGGAGGCGCCGGUGACGAAAAUUCCCGGUGAUAUGUCCCUGGUAUCAUCCGAGUCGGACAUGUCGCUCAGCUCGGAGCAAGCAACGGAACAAAUUGAAUUGAGCACGGUGAAGUCUCAGCAGCUGAACGACGAGUCGAUGGAGGACAUUUCCGAUGAAUUGACAGCCACCAUUGCUGAAGAAGGCGAUUCCGAGGAUGCGGAGACGGUGACGAAUGGCCAGAAGGUUCAGUUAGACGACGAGGAUCCUUACAUCAAGCUGGGCGAAACGACGGCCAGUGUGGUGAGACCACUCGUCUCCAACUCCAUGGAGUCCGGCGGCGCGGAUAAAAGUGCCGAGGAGGACAAGUACAAAGUAACCUUACCUUUAACCGGCAAUGAGACUCCUUCAGUUGAUCAAGCCGAUGAGGAGGAUGAAGAAGAUCAAACCGGUUACCAGAUGCCAUUGGCUUUACCCAGCAGUACCACCACCACAACUACGACCACUACGUCAAGACCCAUAACCACUAUUACGCCUAGCAAACCAUCUUCUACAACAACUCCAGCGCCUGCCACAACUACCAAGCGGCUAAACACCCUGAGGCCGGUAUCCUACUACGUUCAGCCGUCUCUAGUGGGUGGCUACAACCAAUUGGACCUUCAGCCGCCCAAGGUCUUGCCCUACAAUGCCAACAAGGCCGCCCCACCCCACUUGCAAACUCCGGUGCAAUCGCCAACAAGUCAGCAGCGACCGACGCAACGUCCCGCCUCGUUGACCAAUCUCAUGGCCAGCUCGACUCAGGCCACCCGACCACCAGUCAAACUGGAGCCCAGUCCUGAGUCCUCACAGGGUCUGGAGGCCACCACCACCAACAUGGACGAGGACUUGCGAUCGUUCGCCCGGCUCUGCAACGAACUAGCCUUCAGCUACUGGCGCGCCAUCACAUCGGAGAAGAUCAGCUCGGCCAGAAGUGUGGUCAUGUCGCCUUUCGGACUCACCUCCAUGCUCUCCAUGGUAUUCAUGGGGGCGCGGGGAAGCACCUCCGGUGAGAUGAACGAAAUACUAAAGCUGGACGACAUGGUCACCUUCAAUCCGCACCUGAUAUUCAAGAACAUAACGAGCGGGGUGGAGCAGGCAAUAGAUAGCGAUAUUGCAACGGCGGCUUUUGUUAGGGAAAUCUUUAGUGACCGUGCCAAUGGAAAAAUCCUACCCUUCUUCAAGGAGAAGACUCAACAGCUCUACGCCGGCCACGUGGAAGAGGUCAACUUCCAUGUGGUCAACGAUAUCGUGCGCCGUCGCACCAAUCUCCUGGUGAAGCGCCACACAAUGGGAAAGGUCUUGGAGUACUUGCGCACUAACAGCGUGUGGGUCAACGGUCCCCUGGCCACCAUCUCGGCGAAUCUUUUUCAAACGGACUGCUCACGCGGCUCAACGGCCGAUCGGGACGGGGAGAUGUUCUUCCAGGUGCACCCCACCGUACGCCAGCGUCGUCUUGUGCCCAUUCCAGCUGUGCUCUACCGCUCCGGCUUCCUGGCCGGAUACGAGCCGAAGUUGGACGCCACCAUUGUGUCAUUUGGUAGCUUGCAGGACACUGUGAGCACGGUAUAUGUGAUGCCCGGCCACCAGAGUUCCAUCUCGCCGAUGGACAACCUGGACCGCCUGGAACGUAGUCUGGUGGAGACGGCCUUUGGCGAAACGCAGUCUUGGAGCCGGCUCCUCACAUCGCUGAUGGACCGACCCGGCAUGGAGGUGCAGCUGCCGCGCUUCUCACACCGCUCCUUCGUGAACGCCUCGCUGGGUCUACAGAAGAUGGGGCUGCGUGGGCUGUUCAAGUCCGACUUUGCCGACCUACGCGGACUGACUGGAGCCGGCAAUCGGGACAUCUUCCUCUCCGACAUGAUACAGAUUAACACGUUCAGCACCUGCGGCGAGGAGAAGAUCUCCGAGCACCACCACGUGGAGAUGUACCCGGCCCCGCCACUUCGCAAGCGCAACAAGGACGUGGAUGCUACGGAUGACGAUGCAUUCGACUCGUCAGAGGCCGUUGUUGACUUCGGCUCUCUGGUUCAGGAGUCCGCCCUUGGACGAGGCUUCUACGAUGACCUGUUGGAUCCCAAGUACCUGGAACUACCGCUGCCACUCCGCCCGCGGCAGGCUCGUGUCCCCGACGCCCCGAGACUCCGCUUCGACAAGCCCUUCCUCUACUUCGUGCGACACAAUCCCACGGGCAUGAUCCUGUUCAUGGGACGCUUCAAUCCACGCCUGCUGCCAUGA